AUGGGAAUUAGUAACAAGAGUCAUGGAAAGAAAACAGACAAGGAAACACAGUCCCCGAUGUUGAAGAUAUUCAAAGACAUUAUGCAGAAGGACAAUACGGAACCGGAAAAAGUAACCUUACUCAAGGAUAAGAAAAAAGACAAGAAAAGAAAAUUCUAUUCCGAAUCCAGAUCCAAGUCGGAUAAUAGAUCCUAUGAUUCGAGCAGCACAGACAGACACAGGAGUCACAAACUGGCUAACAUCACGGUUCACAAUAUAAGGGAAGAUAAAGAAGACUAUAACAAAUUCGGUGCCGAUGCGUACAAAGACAAAAAAGAGAGCUGGUGGUGUUUGAGUGACUCAAAUGGUAAGAAAAAAAAGAAGAAGUCAUCGGGAGAUACAUGCUCAUGUGUGUCGUGCGCCUUCAAAAAGAUCUUGGGUACGGAAUGCACCUGCGUCACAGCCCUGUUUCUAUUGUUCGCUGUGUCCGUGGUGAUAGCGUUCAUGAUCGUCUUCAGGACGGACGCCCCGUGUCCCGAGAUGAAGCUGCAGAUGAAAAGACAUCUCUCUGAGAAUUAUGACCCUGGACAAGACGACCUGAACAGCCUGCAAGCUCUUAAUGAUGUUGCUCUCUCCGAUAAUAGAAACAAUUAUAAAAGAUCGUAUGGUGAUAUAACCGAUGACCUCGCCAGCAUCCUGGACACUCAGAAAAUGGAUUCGCAAACCAGCAUGAGGUUACGAGAUUUUUUCCAAAAACUCGUGGAAACAGAUGCCCAGAUUAAGAAACUCAAACAGGACGUGAACAAUUACUACAAGACUGACAAUUUGAAGUCCUUCAGUGAUAGAAUAAAACGAUCAUUGAAAAAUCGUCUUAAAUAUCGCAUCAGAGCUAAGAAUAAAAAUAACAAGACCAUACAUAAAAGAAACCUAAUGGAUGACAAAAACAAUGUCCUUAAUAAUGGGUCAGCUAUCACCGGUUUUAUAAUAGAAGAAGAAAAGGUAUUAGUUCAGUACGAUCCAGGCAGGAAGAGGAAUUUCCCUAAAUGCUCCCACUCACACGAAUCAAAAUCUCAUGAGAAAAAAUUAAAACAUCCAUAUUAUAAGCACAGCCAACGCGUUGACGAAAUGCUGAACUACGCUGCACCUACAAUAACUAGUACCUUGUUUAAAGACAGCGCAGAAACAGUAUCAACUGACUCCUAUAAUAUAUUUGAUGAUAAAAUAUCUGAUGUAAAACUUGGAGCUUUGGAAACUAAAGCAAACAAGAACUCAGCCAAAGAUAAAGAAUUUGAUGUGAUUAUUUUGACUACAUCACCUCUUGUGGAAGAAGUGAAUGCAGCUAAUAUUAUGAGUACUUCCUACACAUCAUCCGAAACUGAAGUAAAUGAUCCUGUUAAAGAUCGCAUUGGAUACCGUAAGUUGAUGCAAGUCGGUGAAGAAGAUGAUGAAGAAUUUAAUUACGAAGAUGUCAAGGAAGUAUUGACAGACAAUAACCAAGAGGAUGACGAUUUUGAUAGACAGACUGGAAAGAGAAAAAGAGAGAGUGGCCAACGAUACAAACUGUUCCCGUCCGAAAUCCUAAACCCAAACUGGAAAGGUCCAAUGCCUUUUUAUCCCGACGAAAUAAAUACAAUGAUAAAACAUGCAGCCAUUCAAAAUCUCAAUAUUCAAUCACCAAUGAAUACAAAGUAUCCGAAACCAGAGAGGGAAAAGUUUAAGAAGGAUGUCAGCGACACUGAGUACAUUGAAGAAUACGCGUAUGAUAAGAAUAAAAACAUGGCAAAUAUGGCCCAAGCGUACAGUGACUACGGAGUAGUAUAUAAUAGAAAAGCUGAAGAUGUUAAAGACAGAAUAAGCAAACCAGAGAACAGGUUUAAACAAUCGAUGGACAAGAGAUUUUUUAAAUAUAAUAUAUUUGAUAAAGAAGGCCUAAAAGUUGAAUUUAAACCCGGAACUGCCAAGGUUGAAACCGACAAGCUAGUAACUGAUUUGAAAAAACACAUCAAAUUUGUGAAACAGUCAACAACCAAGGAUCACCCGUCGCCACAGCCGGCUUAUAACUCUGAAUUACAAAACGUACUGAGCCAUCAAAAUAAUUACCCUUUAUAUAAUAAGGAUACAAUGAAAUCUAAGGAAUAUGAGAGGUCAAUAAGGAAAGUUUUUAGAACACUUAAAUCUAUAAACGAUGAAACAAAUGUCGAUAAUGUCGAUAAUAGUGAUGUUCCUGCAAAAUUUGGUGAACCAAUGGCAAAUAAUACUGGUGUAAUAGAUGAUGUGUUUGGCUUCUUCGCUUUAAUGAGUGACUGGUUCAGAAAACUAUCAGUACUAUCCGGAGAGGAGCAAGGAGUUCCUGAAUUUAUAAACGGUUCACUGUUUAACAUCACAAAUGGAAAGAAAGAUAACACAAAACUGAAAAAUAACAGCGAUAUUCUUUAUCCAAUCUAUGACUCUGAUAUGGUGGAUAAUAUUGGACACAGGUCAAGAGUUCUAAUGUCGAUCAAGGAUAAUAACACAGAUGAUAUGCAAGAAGCUAAAUAUAAAGAAGAUAUGAAAAGAAAUAAGAUUAGCGAGUCAGACAACAUCGUCCCUAUAGCAUUAGUUUUAGCAACAAACUUGACAAAUACCUCUGAAUCAAAAGAAACAAGAGACAGAAAAAACUCAACUUCUAUAGUUAAAAGGAGCAUAGAUGAUAGCAAAUUAGUUUUUUGGAACGAAUUAUACGAUAACGAUGAAUAUGGAAUAAAAUCAGAUUAUUUAGAUCACGUUAGAGAGAAGCAUCUCGCGAAAAACAAAAAUGUGUUCCAAAAAACGAGAGAUUGGAUAAAACAGAAGUUUAGAAAUAAAACUCGUAACGCUAGGGGCAAGACGAACAAGAAAACGAAAACUACUGUUAAAACAAAAACGGCACAAAAGUCUCCGACUUUAACAAAUACACAAGAAAUGGACGACAAACCAAAAGCAAGAUAUAUACGAAAUACGAAUGAGGAUUCUGAUAAUAUGAAAAAGGUGUUUGAGAAACUAACGGCGAACAUGAAAACGGUAUGUCAAGAAGCAGCCAGAGCUAUUGAGGACACGAAAAAUAUCGAAGUUCGCGAUGACAGCAAAGAAGGCGCGGCUGCAACAUCAAUGAUGCAACAGCUUGUACGACUGAUGACGGACUUGGUGGAUAUACAGGUUCAGCAGAAAACAUGUGCCAAGCUACCAUCAGAUCUCCAGAAUUUUCUGGAAUGGUUGACAGCCCCCAGCGAGACCAACACGAGAGACGAAUCAUCGAACAGCCUGAAUGACUUAAAUAAUGAUGACAACGGACUGCCUAGAUUCGAGAAAUCAACAGAAUCGGAUAUUCUGACUUCAAUAUCUGAGGAUAGUCAUCAAGACGACAGAACGGAGUGUCUCGGCACGAUACAAGCGGUGCAGGACCUGAUAAUGCAGUACGAAGGAAUGAACGAUGAAGACAAGAGUAAAAUGAGCGGCGUCAAAGAGUAUCUGCAACAUCAACUGAUUUUCCUAAACAGAAAGUUGGGAAGCUUAGAUGAGAAUAAUGGUAUAGUAAAGGUUGGUCCCCAAGGUCAGACCCAUUACAGCCGAGUUUACUACUGCGGCCGAUCUGGUGAAUUAUUAAGAUCUGCCCCUGACUUUUAUUGCCUGGUCGAUACAAUACUGGACUCUGAACCCGCUCCCCGAGAAAAAUCGAAUAGAGUGGGAGCUGACGUACACUUUUAUGUUCCUUUGUUAACAAACAUCAAACGAACAAGUUAUGGGAACAAAGGCAAGUUUAACAGACAAAUAUUAUGGACGGUAUACAUACAUACAUACAUACAGAUGGAAACGGAAGUGACACGCCUCUUAGAUAAGGCGUGGCUUGCUGUGGGCGUGCCUGGUGGAUUCAGGAUCGAAGAAAAUUGGAUGUGGCAUGAUUAG